CACACAAUCUAGCUAGCAAGCAGCAAAGUACACACAAGGAGCUAGCAGCAGCUUAAGAAGCUAGCUGCUACCACCUGGCCGCCAUGGAGCUUCUCCCUUGCAUUGCCACCCUGCUCCUCCUCUCUUGCUCCCUGACCGCAGCGACGACGCCAUUGGGAACUAUCGAGCGCGUGACUAAGCAGCGGAUCCUCGCGAGCAUCCCGCCGGGCGGGGGCCUACCCGUGCUGUUCCUUACGUCGCCGUCCGGCAAAUACGCGGCCUACUUCGUGCGCACGCACACCCUGCCGGGCGCCGGCGGUCUCGGCGCCGACUUCUGCUACGUCGAGGUGGUCGACGCCACCACGGCCGGCGCCCACGGCGGCGCCGUCGAGGGCGAGGAGGAGGGCGGCGUCGCCGCCGCCGACAGCGGGAAGAGCGUGUGGGAGUCGGAGUGCCGACCCAUCAGCACGGUGAAUACGUGCUCUCUGCUCUUCUCGUGGGACGGGCUGGAGGUGUUCGACGGCAGCGAGGAGGUGUGGCACGGCGAGACCAACAGGGACGGCACCAACUUUCUCGAGACGCUCGAGCUCGUGGAUGACGGCGACAUGCGCAUCCGCGACAAGGACGGCGAGCUCGCCUGGCGCGCCAGCGACGAGCCGCGCCACGCGCAGCACUGCGGCGCGCCGGGGUCGCCAGGGCUUGCCGCCGCGCUCCCGCCAUUCGCCGAGCCCCUCGGCUCGCACAGCAGCAACCUGCCCUUUGGCCAGGAACCUGACGGCAAUGGCCACUCGGCCGAGCUGCCACAGGCGGCCGACCUCGGCAGCGGAGCAGCGGCCUUCGGUGGCGCCCCAGGGGUGGCCGGACCUGGGCGCGGCCAGGGUGAGCACGACGCGGCGGCCGAAGUCGGGAGCGGAGCAGCGGCUUUCGGUAGCGCCGCGGGGGUGGCCGAUCCUGGGCUCGGCCAGGGAGAGCACGACGUGGCAGCCGAGGGCGGCGCCGUGGCGGGGUUCGGUGCCCAGCCGCUAGUGGACAACAGUCCCUAUGACAGCAGGGCCUGGAAGGAGGGCCGUGGGACCCACAUCACCGCCAUGGGUGUCGCCCUGUGCGUCUCAGCCGUGCUUGGCGCCAUGGGCGUGGGUCUCUAGACUUGCUCGUGGCUGACGGUGGUGUGCUGCAAUUGCUUGGCGAACUGAUUAAGCAAGAGGGUGGGGUCGGUGAUGCUUGGUGUUGCAUUUGGUGAUGGGAAUUAGUGGUUGUGUUUCUUUUUUCCUAUUAAUUAUGCGCAUGUAUUCAAUACUGUUGUGUAAGAAGGGAUGUUUAUUUGUGUUUGGAUAAUUGGGGAAUCAAUAUAGCACAUUGUGACGGGUAAAUGUACGCCAUUGCUUCUAUGAAAAUGAAUAUAGUAGCAAUUUAAUUCGGGGUU